AUGUUUGAUGCUAAGCCUGCUUCUGUUCCCCUUGCUGCUCAUUUUAUGUUGAGUAAAGAUAUGUGCCCUAAGUCUCAGCUUGAUAUUGAUGCCAUGAAGAAAGUCCCUUAUGCUAAUGCUAUUGGAUCAGUGAUGUACUUGAUGGUCAGCACUAGGCCUGACAUUGCCUAUGUUGUGUCUUGCCUUAGUAGAUAUAUGGCAAAUCCUGGUUCUGUUCAUUGGGAGGCUUUGAAGUGGCUUCUAAGAUAUCUUAAGCACACUGCCAAGUAUGGGCUAUGUUACUCUAAAUGUGAUGAUGGUGUUUUACUAACUGGUUUUGUGGAUUCCAACUAUGCUAAUGACAGAGAUAAGAGGAAGUCAACUACCUCCUAUGUGUUUACUGUUUGCAGGUCAUGUGUUAGUUGGAAAUCACAGCUGCAGCAUAUUGUGGCCUUGUCUACUACUGAGUCAGAAUAUAUUGCUAUCACUGAGGCAAUGAAAGAAGCUGUUUGGUUAAAGGGAGUUCUCUCUGAACUUAAGUUUGUGAAUGAAACUCCUACUGUGUUUUCUGAUUCUCAAUCUGCUAUUCAGUUGUGUAAAAACCCUAUUUUUCAUGAUAGGACAAAACAUAUUGAUGUGAGAUUUCAUUACAUUAGAGAUAUUGUUGAAAAAGGUGAAAUUUUUCUUCAAAAGGUGCACACUGACAAAAACCCUGCUGAUAUGGGGACUAAAUGCUUGCCUGUUGAUAAAUUGCUCACUUGCAUUAGGAUUUUGCAUUUUGAUUGUGGAUCUAACCUUGUGGACUAUGAUGAAAAUGCCUAA